AUGGUAUUUGUGGAACAUAUCUACAAAGAGCAGCUCAAUACUCGCAUUGUCCUGGUAGCCAUGGAAACCUGGUCAUUUGAAAACAAGAUCGCCGUCGUUGAUGAUGCCCUGCUCACCCUGCGAGACUUCAUGAAGUACAGGAAGGAGAGCAUCAAGGAGCGCUGCGAUGCUGUGCACCUCUUCUCAGGGAGGACGUUCAUGAGCAGCCGCAGCGAGGCGGCUUACGUCGGAGGCAUCUGCUCCCUGACCCGGGGUGGAGGCAUCAAUGAGUUUGGGAGUGUGGGUCCUAUGGGCAUCACUCUGUGUCAGAGUCUUGGACAAAACAUCGGGAUGCUUCGGAACAAGGAGCGAACGACUGCAGGAGGCUGCAGGUGUCCAGACCCAUGGCUGGGUUGCAUCAUGGAGGAUACGGGCUACUACCUGCCCAGGAAGUUCUCCCGCUGCAGCACAGAUGAAUACCUUCGAUUCCUCCAGCAGGGAGGAGGCAGCUGCCUCUUCAACAAACCCACAAAGCUGUUAGACCCGUCAGAGUGUGGCAAUGGAUAUGUGGAGCCAGGAGAGGAAUGUGACUGUGGAUCGCUGGUGGAGUGUACUCAAAGUGGAGCCGACUGCUGUAAGAAGUGUACACUUACCCACAAUGCCAUGUGCAGCAACGGGCUCUGCUGCAGGGACUGCAAGUACGAGCAGAGAGGCGUGACGUGCCGCAAUGCUGUGAACGACUGUGACAUCCGUGAGACGUGCACAGGAGACUCCAGCCAGUGUCCACACAAUGUCCACAAACUGGAUGGUUACACGUGUGAUGAAGGCCAGGGUCGUUGCUACGGAGGUCGCUGUAAAACCAGAGAUGGGCAGUGCAAGAAUCUGUGGGGUUACAACUCUGCUGACAGAUUUUGUUAUGAAAAGCUUAACUCUGAGGGCACAGACAAAGGAAACUGUGGGCCAGACUCCAGCGGUCAGGGUUGGGCGCCGUGCAACAAACAAGAUGUUCUGUGUGGCUUGCUGCUUUGCACAAACCUGACAGAAAGGCCGAGGUUUGGUGAACUUCAAGGAAAGCUCACCAGUCUGACUAUCCACCAUCAUAACCGAUACAUGGACUGCAGUGGGGGUCAUGCAGUGCUGGAUGAUGGUCUGGAUCUGGGCUACGUGGAGGACGGGACACCGUGUGGGCCGAACAUGAUGUGUUUAGAACGCCGCUGCCUCCCCGUCACCACCUUCAACCUCAGCUCGUGUCCGGGCUCCUCAUUCUCACACAUCUGCUCCCAGCACGGGAUUUGUAGUAACGAGGUGAAGUGUAUCUGCGACACCGACUACACUGGGAAGGACUGCAGUGUGUUUGACCCCAUUCCCACCCCGACCUCACCCGAUGGACUAGAAAAGCACAAAGGUCCCAGUGGAACCAAUAUCAUAAUAGGCUCAGUUGCUGGUGCAAUUCUGCUAGCAGCGAUAAUCCUGGGGGGAACAGGCUGGGGAUUUAAAAACAUCAGAAAAGGAAGGUACGACUCCGGCUUUUACUCCUAG